CUCUCGUCGCAGUUUCGAUUGAUUCGCUGGCCUUUCAUUUUUUCUGGUCUACUCCUCUUCGUUUAUAAGAAAGGAGAGGGUUUUUACUUUUUUAGGUGUUUCGUUGUUGGGUUUUUUUAUAUAAGUUUAUUCUUUCGAGUUCGAUUAGAUUUCUAUCAUUUUUAUCAUUUAUUUCUUCGAUUUAGCUCGGGCUUUGGACAUUGAUGAGGAGAUAUACUUGGGAUUGGGAGCAGGAGGUGUAAUCAUUGUUUUCGGGCUUCUGCGAUUGGUAACCAGUUGGAAGAGGCUCACUCGAUUUUAAGUUGCUGUCUGCCUUCUUUUCCGAGACGAAUAAUUGGUCGAUAUUGAAGAGAAGGUGGAGGAGGGCAGGCUGGAGCAUGGAGAGGAUUUGAUUUGUUUCCUGCUGGGCAAUAAGAAGAAUCGGAGUUCCUUGCAGUUUUCGAGUGAUUUUCUGGUUUGUGAUGCUUGGUUCAGACGUUUACAUCACUAGUUCGUCUUCUGACUUGGUGGGUCAGAAAUGUUUUUCUUUGAUUCCACUAGAGAUUGUUGCGAAGCGGACUUUCAAGAGAUCUGAGUCUCAGGUUCUUUCUUCUCUCUCGGGUUUCCUCUGACCCACCAGGAGAAAUAGACGAAAGAAGAAAGGAAAGACAUAAAGAAAUCCAGAGGAAGAAAAUUUGGAGUUUUUGACAUUUUGUAAAACAGGAACAGAAUAAUCUCAUUCCACUUUGGCUCAGGAAAGAAGGAAAAAACAAAAGGAAAAAAAAUUGGUCGAGAUGAUGCGAAUGAGGACGAAGACCACCGGAAUGUCGCCGGUGAAUGGAAUCACGGGGAACGGAGUAGGUGGGUCGGAGGUUGCAGAUUGGGAACUCAGACCAGGGGGAAUGCUGGUUCAGAAGAGGAACCCGGAUUCCGAUGGGGGUGCAAUCCCUGCUCAUACCAUCAGAGUUAGGGUUAAGCACGGCUCCAAUUACCAUGAAAUCUAUAUCAAUUCUCAAGCCUCAUUCGGUGAGUUGAAAAAGCUGUUGGCGGCACCGACUGGAUUGCAUCCUCAGGACCAAAAGCUUUUCUUCAAAGACAAGGAGAGGGACUCAAAAGCUUACCUAGAUAUUGUGGGAGUGAAGGACCGAUCGAAAAUUGUUCUGGUCGAGGACCCAACUAGCCAAGAAAGACGGUAUCUUGAGAUGCGCAAGAAUGCCAAGAUGGAGAAGGCAGCAAAAUCAAUCUCAGAAAUCAGCUUGGAAGUCGACAAGCUCGCUGGUCAGGUCUCGGCUAUUGAAUCAUUAAUCUCUAGAGGUGGGAAGGUUGCAGAGACGGAAGUGCUGAAUCUGAUUGAGCUGUUGAUGAAUCAAUUGCUUAAGUUGGAUGGAAUUAUUGCCGAUGGAGAUGUGAAAUUGCAGAGGAGAAUGCAGGUGAGGAGAGUGCAGAAGUACGUAGAGACCCUUGACUUGCUGAAGAUCCGGAAUGCAAUGCCCAAUGCCAAUGGUGCUCAAAUGCCAAUACAGCAACAGCAAAGACAUUCAACUGGACAAAUGUCAACAUUGCAACAACAACAGCAGCAAAAGCAUUCAACUGGACAAAUGCUAUCAAUGAUACAGCAGGAAAAGCAGCAGCCGCAAAGGGAAUGGGAUUUACUGGGUCAAAUUUCACCAGUUCAGCAGCAACAGCAGAAGCCACAGCCUGCAAGGCUUUCGGCAGCAGGACCAGUGGUGGUGACGACCCAAUGGGAGACAUUUGAUUUGGUGCCAGUUCCUUCAACAUCCACCACCACCACCACCACCACCACUACCAGUCAGAAUCCUCCUCCCAAGUUCAAUUGGGAGCUUUUCUAGCAAAUCAAUAUUGUAUAUCGUAUCAAGCCAAUGUGUUCUAGUGUUUGGGUCGUCUGUGUGCUUUGGGCUUGUCUCCAGUCAGUUGGGUCUCGUUUUUCUCCAUUCUUUUUUUUGCUCUGUAUUUAGAAUUUUAGUUUCUGAGAACAUCCCCCUCUACUCUCAUUCACUCCAUCAGGAAUAAAGGGGGUUAUUAUGAUAGUGAUUUUUAUUAUUUUAUUUCUUUUUUGAGUUCAUUUGUUGUCUGUAUGCGUCAGGUGGGUGAAGAUGGAGAUAGGAUAUAAUAUGUA